GUGCACCACCCCUCCGUCGCAACCAUCACAUCCACCAUGGCCGCAAAGCGCAUAGAGCAGUGGGAGGUCGAGCGCUACUGGGAAAUCUUCUCCUCGCUCUCCAACGGCGGCCUUCACCUCAAUGGCGCCCAGGCUGCCUCGGUCCUCAAGAACUCCCAGCUGCGCGACGACCAGCUCGAGCGCAUCUGGGACCUGUCGGACGUAGACAACGAUGGAAACCUGGACUUCGAGGAAUUCUGCGUCGCCAUGAGGCUGAUCUUCGACCUGGUCAACGGCGAAUACAACGACGUCCCGCAAUCACUCCCCGACUGGCUCGUUCCCGAGUCCAAGGCCCACCUUGUCCAGGCUUCCCGCGCCCUGACUGGUAGCCAAGCUGCCUUCGAGCGAGUUGAAGACGAUGACGACACCCCCGGCCUGAAGGAUGGCUUCGACUGGUAUAUGUCGCCCGCCGACAAGAACAAGUACGAGGAAAUCUACAGCGCAAACAAAGACCACCGUGGAGAUGUAUCGUUCGAGUCGCUGGUGCCGUUGUACGAGUCCCUCGACGUGCCGGACACAGACAUCCGGUCCGCAUGGAACCUUGUCAACGCCAAGGGUCAUGAGGGUGUUGGCAAGGACGCCUGCCUUGCCUUCUUGCAUAUCCUCAACAUGCGGCACGAGGGCUUCCGCAUUCCGCGAUUCGUUCCGCCAUCUCUACGCGCCUCCUUUGAAAAGGGAAACAUUGAAUACAACAUCGAUCGCGUCAAGAGUCCCUCGGAGCGUUGGGGCGUCAACCGACAUGAAGACACGGCCACGGGCCGUAAGGCCAAGUUCGGUGACUCCUAUCUGAGCCGUCUGGGCGUUGGCGACAGGGCGCGGUACAACAAGGGUACGGACUUCAGCAGUGCGCGCACCACAGAGGACUGGGAGGAAGUGCGGCUGAAGAAGCAGCUGAGAGAGCUGGAUGACAAGUUGGCAAACGUCGAGGAGACUAUGAAAGCCAAGGGUGGCAACAGGCGCGAUGACAGCAAGCCGGCGCUGGUUAAGCGUGAACUGGAGCAGCUGCUGGAUUACAAGAGAAGGGAGCUGAGGGAUCUGGAGCUGGGCGAGGGCAAGGCGAAGGAAGGAGAAAGCUUGAAGGGCAUCAGGGAGGAGAUCCAGACGGUCAGAGAGCAAGUUGAGGGAUUGGAGAGCCAUCUCAGGAGGAGAGAGGAGGCACUGGAGGAUUUGAAGGCACAGAUUGAGGCGGAGAAGCGAUAAGCAGGUAGGUUCGGCGGAUUCAAUAGGGUAAGGGCUUGGCAUACCGGAGUACAGUAGUUAAUUCAUGAUAAUUCUGUAUGGGCUGUGGUCAGGGGGUAAAGUAUUCGAGAUUCUACGAUGUUUUAAAGACUGCGGAUAAAGCGCUUUUGGCGAGCAGGCCUCAAAGGGCCGCGAUACCUAUUAUUGCUACGCGAGUAGCUUGCUCCUACUAUGUACGAAAUCGG